UUAAUUUUACAAGUGGGAUCAUAGCUCUUUUUGAAUCGCCUUUAUUUUAUUUAUCUAUAUUUUAGAUACCAAACGAAUGGCCCCGGCGGCAUUGAACAAGCCGAAUUUUAACCCGUAAUGAGCUGUCACAGAUAAUGUGGCCAAACCUUGACAGUUCCGAAACUUCACAACCACAUUCAACUGCACCAGAAUCUAUCGCACACAGCAACUUCACGAAAUCAUAAGUAACAACGUUACAUAAAAACAUCACUGAUUCUUAGUCCUGCAAGCGGGGCAAGUCCUCACGAACAUGGGUUUCAGGCACCGCCAAAACCUAACAUAUUAGAGCACUCGGUCUCAACGAAAUAGUCCUCCAUUUGGUAUUCAGUUCGAGUGCCAGCGAGUGGGUAUCAUUAACGCAAACACCAUUUUAGGCACCGCUUUUCUAUACUUGCGCUCAUCGGUCAACCGGUGGAUUUCCCGUCUUGCUACUUCGCAACGCAACCAGGCUCAUAACCGGCUAGAAAAUGCUGAUGAACGUAGCUGCUUAUACGCUUAAAAUGGCCAUUUGGCCUAGUGUGCCGCGAACGGUGCGUUUACCGUUACAGCGCUACCAGCACUGGACGAGGCGAAAUGUCCUGUGCAGCGAUAGGAUACCGCUAGCGCGAAUCAACUUUAAACAUCAGCCACCGCUUACAACUGCCGAAGGAAAAGAGUCGUGCUCCGGAUCUUCAUCCCUUGGCAUGGGUCACUGCAACACCAGGCCCUCCCUACAUCGCUCCUACGUGUCGAAUAUCAACGAUGAAUGCGACAGUGUUCUUCAGACGAAGAAACUGUUACUGCAGAAAAAGCGCGAAGGUCUGGUGCGCGACAUUCGCGAGCGUAAGGAGAAAGUGCGGGAACGCGUAGAAGAGGUGAUCGAACGAGAGAACGUAGCUACCAUACCGAACCUCCUUUGCAUAGGUCGAAUCGUCGCUUCGCCCUAUCUUGGCUAUGUCAUUGUGCAAAGCGAGUUUCGGCUAGCGAUGGCUCUGUUGAUCGUGGCCGGACUGACGGACUUAGCCGAUGGUUGGAUUGCUCGUAACUGGCCGAACCAGGCUUCGCGGCUAGGCUCCUUUCUGGAUCCGAUGGCGGAUAAGGUAUUGGUGGGUUCACUUGUGAUCGCUAUGUCCUACAUUGAUCUACUUCCACUUUGGCUAACGGCAAUGAUAGUGUUCCGAGAUGUGUUUCUCAUCAGUGCCGGGUUCGUUAUCCGGUACGUUAGUCUACCAAAACCGCGCACACUAUCGAGAUAUUUCGACGUAACGCACGCGACUGCCCAGCUGGCUCCUACCUUCAUUAGCAAACUGAACACUGCCGUCCAGCUAAUCGCCGUUGCCACCACACUUGGUGCACCUAUUUUCGGCUACCUCGACCAUGCUUAUCUUCAUGGGCUAUGGUAUCUAACCGGAUUUACUACAAUGGCCGCUGCUAUAAGCUAUCUCACCAGUAAGGACACUUAUAAGAUACUCCGAAAGAAACCCUAG